CAGAACUGCAAAACCUCGCAGAGGACUACGUCUCCAACUCAAACAGCAGAGUCGGUAAAGACAGAGCACAUAUCUGAACCACUGGAACACAGAGGUAAUAAAGCCACAUCUUUACCAUGAAGCUACCUUUAGCUCUGGUGUUUGCACUCACCCUCCCCAUCAUCAGGGCUCAGGUUCCCCACUGGGGCCCGUGUCCAGAGCCUGCUGUUCAACCCGCCUUCAGCCUUAAACAGUUCAUGGGGAGAUGGUUUGAAAUUGCCAAACUGCCAGCCCAGUUUGAGAAAGGCCGCUGCAUUGAAACCAAUUUCACUUUGACGACGAGCAACUCCAUUCGAGUGGUCAGCUCUGAAAUACUAAAAGGAGAGAUGAAGAAAAUCGAAGGGAUCGGGGUCGUAGAGGAUAUAAAGAAUCCAGCCAAGCUGGGAAUAAGUUAUUCCUACGUCCUUCCCUACUCCCCUUAUUGGAUCCUGUCUACUGACUACGUGAAUUCGGCCUUGGUGUAUUCAUGCACUGACAUCCUCAGGCUCUUCCACGUCGACUUCGCCUGGAUCCUGGGGCGAACACGCACCCUGCCAGAAUCCACCAUCGAGAAAGCCAAAGAGAUCUUUGCAAACAACAACAUCGACGUGAGCAGGAUGAUCCCCAGCAGGCAGAUGGGCUGUGAAAAAAUGCUGUGAGCAGCGACACGGCAACACAAAUUCAACACAGCAUAAUGUUGCUGUCGACAGAAGGGGGUAAAUUAUCCGAGUGUUUGUUUGUCUCGAUGAAUCUACGAUUAAUAAUUUACGGUGAUUGUUUCCAGCAGGAUAAACUCAACUAGUUUCUCUGUUUUCUCCAGUUUUUACUUUGCACAACACCGACUGUGACAGUACAAGUUGAGAGGAAUACUUUCCGUGUUAAGAGAAAUGUUGUAUUCGCUGCGAGCAGAUGAUUCUGAGUAAUCUGAACACAAACUCAAAACAUGAAGGAUCUAAUUAGUGUCAAAAAAAGUUAGUAAAUCUCAUUUCAUGUGAUCUUUACUGUGUUUUUAAUGAAAUCGUCAGCGUGCUGCACUGAAGCCUUCAAUACACACAGAAACUGAUUUGAAAGUUGAAAGGUGUCUUGCUUUAUCUGUAAAACGACGACAACUAAAGGUUACAUAUUUAAAAUAGUGUCGAUGUUUGAAGUUUACCAUCUGUUUAUGCUUUCUAAGUGUUUUAACAUGUUCUGUAUAAGCGUGCUGAAAGGCAUUUUCAACUAAAAGCAGCAAUAAAACCGCUAUUAUUUAGUAAAACAUGAAAUUCAUUUCAAUUCAAUAAACCUUCAAAAUGUGCAAGUUUUAAAGAUUCCUAUUGGCAGACAUUGGAGGGUUUUUUCAGGCUAAACAUGAGAAUAAAGGCCUGGGAAUUCAAAGUAUUUGCAUCAAGAUGUUCUUAAAAGUUUUAAACCCUGGUGAUUCAGGUGACCUUGAAAGGAGUUAAAUUAUCUUCACAACAUAAAGCACCACACUGCCUUACUUGAAUGUUUUGUUUGUGCGUUCCACUGAGGUGGAUUUUGCACUCUGAAAGGAAAAAGGUAUUAGCUCUAACUAAAAAAGUAACACACUUAAAAAAAAAUUAAGAGUAAUUUGACCUUGGGAAGGUCGCAUGAACAUGUUCACAAAUGUAAAAAUCCCCCACCACAUCCAGGUGUCCAUUAAAAAGACUGAAGACUGUUGUUUUUUGUGUGUUUGUCCU